AUGAUGCACUUUCUGGGCCAUCGGCGAACAGCCUCGCAGCAGAGCAUCGACCCCGAGACACAACAGCAGCCACAGCAACAAUGGCGUCCGCACCACCAGCAUCGCCUAAGCGCAUCUUCGGCUCUUUGGCAAGCGGCCCAGGCCUUGGGGUCCAUUGGAGCCCCGGCCGCUGCCGCUGCCGCUGCCGCCGCCAGCACUUCCCCUCCAGCUUCCGGCAGUCCUCCUUCUUCUACCUUUGAGUCUGGAGGCGUUGCUUCGUCAGCGUCAGCGGCAGCGGCAACGGCACCUUCAGCCUCCAAUGCGACUGCCAAUGCCAAUGUCAAUGUCAAUUUGAAUGCCCAUCCAACUGCAGGUACAACCGCCGGUACUAGUAGCAGUGGUACCACGGCUGGCCACACCCGUCCACCGCUGCCCAACCCGGUACCUUCCUACUCGUCGUCGGUGUACUCCCAGCAGUCGCAACAAUCGCAAUAUUCGCCGUAUUCUCUGCAACAGCAACAACAACAACAACAACGACAGUCUGGCUACUUCCAGCCCAACCACCACUCACAUCCUUCAGGUGGUCCUCCGCACGCCGGGCUCGGCAUCGGGCUCGCUUCUCCCUCCACUAUUUCCUCUCUUCAAUACACCCCGGAAGCCUUGAAAUCAACCUCAACCUCGACACCACCGGCGUCAACGUCCGCAUCCACAACAGCAGCAGCAGCCGCCGCCGCUGGUGCGCCUGGGCCAUUAGUGCCCAAAGAUCCCCCCGCCGUCCCCAACUUCCACUGGGACAGCGACUAUUACCAGAACACGAACAAUAGGAACAACACCACCACCACCACCACCACCACCACCAACAGCGCCGCGGCCAUUCGGCCGCCGGGCCUUUCCCCCUCCGUCACACUGCUGCACGCGCCAACGCCAUCCUCCUCCUCCUCGCCAUCUUCUUCCUUUGCUCUCGCAGCCAUGAACCAGCAACAGCAGCAGCAGCAGCAGCAGUCGCCGCAGCAGUCGCAACCCCAGUUCCAAACUGGCACCCCGCGACGCACUGGCACCUACAGCUCCCAGCAAGACGAAUUGCACAUGCCAGCGGGCAUGAUCCAGCACGGCCAGCCUUCACCCCGCGAAUACUCAUCAUCCUCUACUGCCCCCGCCGCACCCCAUAUCAAGCUGGAGCAGUCCUCUCCAAACACCCACCCCCACGCGCCUCCUUACCAGAGCACAUCGUCGGUGCCCAACGUCUUGCAACCAGGUGGUGCAGGUGGUCGACCUCCCGCCAUCUCUGCCAACACCGCUCCCAACAUGUCUGCCAUGCAGCCUCAGCAGCAGCAGCAAGACUAUCAGACACCUUCCAAGCCUCCCAGCUUGAGCCUGUCUCACAGCUACUCGCGCUCCUCGCCUGCUGCCGGAUACGAAGGUGGCUCGUCCUUUGCGCCCUACACGCCCACCACCCCCAGCGGCUCAGGAUCUCAAUUCAUGUCUCCGCCAGACCAAAAGUACAAUGCGCCCGGCUCCCAGCGAAACAUCUCGAACACGCCCUUGGGCUUGGCCGAUAUUCGACCCCGCGCCGACUCGAGCAUGUCCGAUGGCGUGCCCGGUAGCGCUGCAUAUGAGCUUGCCAAUGCCCAGCCUGGAACCAGCAACUACCUCGCUCCUUGGGCCCUGUAUGCUUUCGACUGGUGCAAGUGGCCUCCCCAGGGCAACGGCGCUGGCAAGCUUGCCGUUGGCAGCUAUCUAGAAGAUGGACACAACUACAUCCAAAUCCUCGAUACCCAAAUGGUCCCGACGCCCAACGAUGUCUACCAGCCGGGCACCCCUAAAAUUAACCUCGAAUUCCAAAAAGUCGCCGAGGCUACACAUUCCUACCCUGUGACGCGCUUGCUCUGGGAACCGCCCUCCUCGCAGAAGCAGUCUACUGACCUGCUUGCGACGUCGGGAGACCACCUUCGCCUAUGGUCUCUUCCCUCCGAAAGCCCUGUCUCCCAGAACAAUUCCAUUACCAAUCGAGCCAGAGACCCCGCCGUUACGAAACUCACGCCUCUCGCGCUUCUGUCCAACUCGAAGACCCCGGAUCAUACUGCACCGCUUACUUCGCUAGACUGGAAUACUGUUUCACCCAGCUUGAUAAUCACAUCCAGUAUCGAUACCACCUGCACGAUUUGGGAUAUUCCGUCGCUGACGGCCAAGACACAAUUGAUUGCCCACGAUAAGGAGGUUUACGAUGUCCGCUUCUGCGCCAACAGUGUUGACGUAUUCGUGAGCUGCGGACAGGACGGUAGCGUCCGCAUGUUCGAUUUGCGCAGUCUGGAGCACAGCACCAUCAUCUACGAGCCCACUGGAAAAGAUGAACGAGAUGCCAAUGGAGGACGAAUCAGCCCUACGCUCGCGCAGCAGACCAUGUCGAACCCUCCGCCCUUGUUGAGACUAGCAACUUCUCCCCACGAUACCCAUCUGCUAGCCACAUUUGCGCAAGACUCGAACGUCAUUCGUAUCCUUGAUGUAAGACAUCCUGGACAGGCUCUUCUCGAACUCAGGGGCCACGGAGGCUCCCUGAACUCCAUUGAGUGGUCGCCUACGAGACGUGGCGUUCUGGCUUCGGGAGCCGACGACUGCCAGGUGCUGCUAUGGGAUGUGUACAACAACAACCCUGCUCUUGGUGGUGGUCCUCCAGCCAACGGUGCCGCCCAGUCAGACAACACGAGAAGCCCGUACGCUAGCUGGCAAUGCGACUACGAAGUCGGCAACCUUGCUUGGGUGCCUCAUCUUUCUAGCGACCAGGGAGAGUGGCUGGGAGUCAGCGCCGGCAGGGGCCUGUGGGGUGUUAAGACAUGUGGACGAACCGGCGCCUGA